AUGGAGUCCGUCCGCCAGUCCUGCCGGCCUAAACACCAGGUUUUGAUCUUGAAAUGUUAUCCGAAAUACCAGAAAGGCGUGCAGGAGGUUAUCCCGAAUUCGAGCGAACUGUCCUACCUCCUGUACUAUGCGAGUACGCGUCGCAGUAAGCUGACGAAAGUCGGCGCGUUCUUGGAAAAAAGGGCUGCCCGCGAUGUCUGGCGGCGGAGAUUGGGAAAUGUCCAGGUUACCCUGCAGAUCCUUACUGCACUGAUUGAGAAGGUUCCUCGCGACCUGCCCAUCUAUGCUCGCUCCAUCCUCACAAUCAUCGAUACCGUUCUGCGCUCCAAUGAUAUUUCAAUGGUAGAGGCGUCGGUGGCAACCUUUGAGAUGUUCUGCCGACACCAGGACAUGGCCGCUCUGUCGGCUGAUAAGGACCUCGCACACCAGUACCGUGAAGUCGUACGGAUGUAUACGGCUUUCGCCGCCACCAGCCCAAACGCCGACGCAAAGGGAACCCUGAGCGCCCCCAUGGCGAUACGCUGGAAGAAUGUAGGCUUGCACGCAAUCAAGGGCGUCGUUAGCUCCGAGGGAGUGGCUGUCGACGGCGGAUAUCUCCUGGGAAUCGUGUUACCGGUCGUCCUGCAGAAUCUUUACAACGGCGAAGACGAUGUGCUCGUCAACCUACGGUCGCACCUUCACGACUCGGAAAAGAACGAACGAGAAUUGGCGCGGCGGCGUAGGGUGAGCGUUGCAACCGUGCAGACGGCUGAUACCGCAGAGGGUGAUCCGGCGCUGGCGUCGCAGACUGCAGCCGACGCGGACAGGCAGGCAGAGAUGGAGAUGCGUCUGCUGGCCUUUCGUUGUUUGGAACGUGUGAUCGUGUCCGGCAGCAGCCGUGGCCAGAUUCGUAUCGCGACCAGAACGGUGCUCAAGUUCAUCACCAGCCAGCAUCCUCUACCGGAAAACCAGUAUGAUCAUGUCUUAGGCGUGGCGGCGAGCAGCACCUGGGCAUCUUCGCUGGUUGAGCUGAUUGCAAGCUGGUGUCCCGUGCAGAUCCGCUUCGUCAUCCUAGUGACGGCCAUGGAAGUCUUGCUGGAAACCGAUAUCACCGCAAACAAUCUGAGCCAGGCGUUCACUUUGGUGUAUCUGUUCGAUUGGCUCCUCAAAUCCUCGGUGAACAUGAUAGGUCUCAGUGUUAUGGAUGUCUUGCUUGGACUGAUGCAGAACAUCCUGCGAGUCCUGCAGCUCCCGGCCAAGGAGAACUUGAAUGGCGAUACAGAGGAGAAGCAACAGUACAAAGGGCCAGCUGCACAGCGAAAACUUCUCGCUCUUCUCGAGCAAUCUAUUGGCGAUCUGGCCACCCACAUUUACUACGGUGACCAAGUUGCGGACACGAUCAAGACGAUCCUGGCUCGCAUCAAGGCGUCGGCGUCGACUGACAGCGCGGCAAACUCGACAAACAAUCUCGAGAACUCUUUCGCAGCUACUAGCCAACCCAGCGAGGAGAGCAGCACGGAUGCAUUUUCAUAUUCGACCGCUAAAAUCACAGCCCUGAAAUCCAUUAAGAACGUUCUCGUCGUCGCUAACCUCCGACACCCCAUGGCCGCCGCAGGCGUCGAGACCAGAAACCGAGUAGGUAUCCAUGUCUGGGAGGGAACUCACUGGCUGCUGCGCGACCCGGAUCAAACCGUACGCUACGCCUAUGCUGAUGCAUUCUUGUCGUGGUUGAAGCUCGAGACGAGCAAGAGUGAUCUGCAAGCCAAGGUAGAGCCUGGAAAGCUUUCUAAAUCACUAUCGAAGCGGGAUCUGUCCGAAUCGGCAGACAAAUCUGCAAAGCAAGCUGCCAUGGGGACGACUUCGAGCCAACGAGAACGAGUGGCUGUGCUCGCACAGUCCAACUUUCUCCGUCUACUGCACUUGACGAUUUACGAUAUCGCGCUGGAAAAUCCCACGGACGAAUCUAGCGUGCUGCUUCUUCACCUACUGCUUGCAAACUUGGUUGAGCACCUGGGCGUUAAUGCUAUCCGUUUUGGUCUUCCUGUCGUUUUGCGGCUGCAAGAAGAUUUGAAUACGGUCUACAAACUGCGAUCUUUCGCUGCCAAAGUGAACAUUGGAAGCCUGAUAUAUGGCUACCUGUCAGCUGUGGUUGAAAAAUUUAACUUGGAAGCGUCGAACUCUGGAAAGGAAAUCUUGCACGAGAGCGACACAAGGAGGAAACAGGGCUUGUGGCUCAAGAAAGUUCGUCUCCCCCCCGCUUCACUCGACUCUAUUUUAUCUGGUGCCCCGACGGAUGCCAGCAGCCUGAAUCCCGCUGCAUCUACAUUCCCUCCGUUUCGGAGUGUGGAAGAUUUGGUCCGACAGAUCGAACAGUCGUAUAACGCGACAACGACCACGUCUUCUCAUAAUCCACUCAACCUUUCCGGGCGAGGUCUUCAUAAUCUUCCUACUAUGAACAACAUUCUGCCAACGGCCGAGGUACCUAAGAGUGCUUCUCUUCCGCUCAGUUUCACAAAUCAAAUGCUGUCAAAUUGGUCGAAGGAGAGCUGUCUUGCUGCUAUUGAGAAGGAAAGCAUCAAGACGUUAUCCAUCGCGGGCUCCCGAAGCGGCGCCUUUGGUGGGAGGCCCUACAUCCAGAUCAACGGGAAUAGAGACGGCUCUCCCACGGCUGGAACUGCGUCGCCAAGUGCUCAUGGUUCGUACGCAUAUGCAACCAGCGUAAAGCAAUCUCGGCGAAUGAGCGUCCCCGAAUCCAGCGGGUCGCUGGACCACAUAUCCGGCCGUGGAUCGCCCGUUCGCAUGAAUGACCUGCGUCGUGUUCUUUCUGUCAACACGGAAGGCAAAACAACUCGUAAGCAGAGUCCGCUGCGUGGCCGGCUGGAUAGAUCGAACACCAGCGUGAUCUCCAACAGCAGCGAAAGCAUGGUGAGCGGUGCCUUCUCCAUGUCCGAAGCCGAGGAUGUCUCAGGCAGCAGACCGCAGUCUGUGUAUGACCGGUCAGGGAACUCGGACUAUGACGGUUCGGAGACACCAAAGGCAUCUGUGACAGGCUUCAGCGGCAAUGGAAUGUUAUUUGACCAAUCUUCUCUGGAUCCCGACGAAAUCCCCCCAGUUCCACCAAUCCCCCCAUCCCUGUCAAUCCCCGGCGGCUUCCCGAACGAUUCCCAACGUUCAUUAUCCUCUGCCAAUCGACCAUCGACUGCUCCGGGCAAAGGCAGGCCUGCGACCACUACGUCCUCGGGCUCCCGUCCGCCCGGGUCGCUGAACAGGGACAGAACGAGGUCCAGCACCGGUCUUGCUGGCUCCGCCAUUGGCAGCGAGGGGCUCGUCGACGACCGCCAGCGAGACGAUGUUCUGAAACUCCUUGAUGGCUUCUUGUCCCCCUCAAGCCAACGUGGAAAUUCGCAUUCCCUGCACGAGACGAGGAGCCUCAACAGCCAGUCUAGCCGACGGGCCGUCAGCGGCGGUAUCGGCCGUCCACCGUACUGA